AUGAACGCCAAAACUGUGUCAAUUACUCCGUUUACAGACCAGAAGGCCGGAACAUCUGGUCUUCGCAAAAAGGUCACUGUCUUCCAGCAGCCCAAUUACUCUGAAUCCUUCAUCACAAGUAUUCUCCUGUCUAUUCCAGAGGGCGUUGAGGGCUCCUUCUUGGUCAUUGGGGGUGAUGGGCGAUUCUACAAUCCAGAAGUCGUGCAAUUGAUCGCCAAAAUCGGAGCAGCAUACGGUGUCAAAAAGUUGCUGGUGGGCCACAAUGGUAUCCUGAGCACACCCGCUGCGAGCCAUGUUAUCAGAAAGAGGAAGGCUACUGGUGGAAUUUUGCUUACUGCAAGUCAUAAUCCCGGUGGACCAAAGGCGGACUUUGGUAUUAAAUACAACCUUUCCAACGGUGCCCCCGCGCCCGAGUCUGUGACGAAUAAGAUCUACGAAACCUCCAAGAAUCUGGCAUCAUACAAAAUCGCUGAAAUACCGGACAUCGAUCUUUCACAAAUUGGCAUCAAGAAAUAUGGAUCCUUGGAGGUGGAAAUUAUCCAUUCCACGACCGAUUACGUCGAGAUGUUGAAGGAAAUAUUCGACUUCGAUCUCAUCAGGUCCCUUUUCAAGACGCACCCCGAUUUCAAGGUCCUCUUCGACGCCCUGCAUGGAGUCACCGGCCCCUAUGGAAAGGCAAUUUUUGUGGAUGAACUUGGCCUUCCUCCCUCCAGUAUUCAAAACUGCGUUCCCUCUCCUAACUUUGGUGGUGGGCACCCGGAUCCCAACCUGACAUACGCCCACUCCCUUGUCGAGGCUGUUGACAAGAACGGCAUUCAAUUCGGUGCAGCAAGUGAUGGAGACGGCGACCGCAACAUGAUCUACGGAGCCAACACUUUCGUCUCACCAGGAGACAGCUUGGCCAUCAUUGCCCAUCACGCGAAGCUGAUUCCCUAUUUUAAGAUGCAGGGUGUAUACGGCCUGGCCCGUUCAAUGCCAACUUCAGGCGCAGUGGAUCUGGUCGCCAAAGCGCAAAACCUGAAAUGUUACGAAGUGCCCACGGGCUGGAAGUUCUUCUGCGCUCUCUUCGACAACAAGAAAAUGUCAAUAUGUGGUGAAGAGAGCUUUGGCACAGGUAGCAACCACAUCCGUGAAAAGGACGGGCUCUGGGCCAUCGUCGCCUGGCUCAACAUUAUCGCCGGCAUCGCUAAAGCCAAUCCCGGAAAGCCCCUGAGCAUUGCCGCGAUCCAACAUGACUUCUGGAAAGUAUACGGUCGCACCUUUUUCACGCGCUACGACUACGAAAAUGUCGAUUCCGCAGGCGCGAGUAAGGUAAUUGACAAUCUCAAAGAGCUUAUUACCACCAAGAAAGAUACCUUCGUUGGCUCGAGCGUUUCGGGACGCAAGGUCCUCGAGGCUGAUGACUUCUCCUACACCGAUCUGGACGGCAGCGUAAGUAAGAACCAGGGUAUUUACGUCAAGUUCGAUGAUGGGAGUCGUAUCAUAGUCCGCCUGUCAGGAACGGGCAGCAGUGGGGCUACGAUUAGGUUGUAUGUUGAGCGCCAUGAGCCAGAUGAGAAGGAGUUUGGGAAAGAUGCGCAGGAGUAUUUGAAGGAGAAUAUUGCGUUGGCUGUGCAGUUGUUGAAGCUGAAAGAGUUUAUUGGAAGGGAGGAGCCGGAUGUCAAGACUUAG